UGAGUGCGUCGAAAUGUAGGUUAUUAACUAGAAAAUCAGUGGCCAUUUCGACGACAUCGCUUGACGAAGAAUGUUUACUAAGUUAGUGGUUUUAUUCUUCCUUUAUACGUUCGUGUCUGCAAGAACGCCAUGCAGAAUUUAUGAAUCCGUUAAUAAAGAGAAUAUUAGAAAUUGUUUACAGACAAGACUUGGAGAUGUUAACGAGACAAGAUUUACUGUUCCAAACACCAACGAAACUACCUUCAGUAUUUCCAACUUAAAUUUCAAAAUAUCUAACAACACCCUCAACAUCUCCUUUAGAAACGACUCCAGUCGAAUCGGAAGAAAAAUGAAGCAAUCCACUGCCAACUUGCUCCAAUAUGCCCUUGUACCUGCCUUCUUCAUGUCCGGAAUGAUGCCAUGGAUCAUGCCCAAAAUCCAGAUGAUGGUGAUGAUGCUGUCGAUGAUGAACAACAUGAUGUUUAGUAGUGCUCUGUUUACCAUGAUACGAAACUAUGUUUUUGAGAAAACACCGAAUGAACAUGUAGUCUAUGUUAAUAACGGAUUCAAAAAUAGGAUACAUACACGUUAUAGCUAGUAAGGAGAAUAUAUGCGUGUUAUAGAUAAUUAAUAGAACUAUUCGAUACCUGAAGCAUUGUUUGAGAACUUAGCUUGAACAGAUCUUAUUUGGUUUUUAUAGGGUUGAUUAUUAUAAUCAACAGUUAACUAAUCGCUUAAAUUAUUUUUUACUAAUACGUAUACCCUUUUAAAGCGGUCCAUAAAUUGCGUUCUUGCUCGACAGUUUUGUUCGAUGAGCAAGCCUGUUCAAACAAAAAUGAUUAUUGCAUCAUUUUUGCAAGCGUGUAAGAACGACAGUUUUCAACCCAUACACUUCCGUUUUUUGUUCGAACAGACUUGCUCGUCGAACAAAACCGUCGAACAAUAACGCAAUUUGUGGACCACUUUAGCUUUAACAUUCCUAAUUCCUUCGAGUAUAGUUUAUUGAUGACAUUCUCCAGCGACUCAAUGAACAAUUUUGGCGUAUUUUGUCUUUCGUCUUGCUCAUGUACUAAUUGACCUUUUUUCGUUCCUCCACUCUUUCAAAAUUAUUUGGUUCUUUAAAUUACGAAUUAUUUUUUACGUUCAAUCAUAAUAAUUACGUUUUAAUCCUAUGAAUAAUGUUUUUAUAAUAAUUAAAAUAUCUAAAACACUCUUUUAGGGUGACUAACAAAACUUCCACAAUCUACUGAUAGGCGAAGCUAUAAUUAUUUUUGGUUGGUAAUUUAUUUUAAUAUUGUUCUGAAGCUAUGUGCUUGUGGCAUAAUUAUGUAAUUGACUGUUUUCUUUGGGAAAUAAAGCCACAAUUUUAGUUUGAAAUUAAUUUAUUCACGUUUCGACUUCCACGUCGGAAGUCGUCAUCGAAAUACAAAAUAACGUAUAUAUUUUUGUGCAAUUUUUAAAAAUGAUUGUAUGUUUAUAAACGAAUUCUAAAACUAUAUAUUUUUCAUAUGUAUAUGGUUACCUAAUAAAUAAAUCAUCAAAAAAUA